AUGCCGCGACGCUCGUGGCGCGACGAUGAGCCCCAAGACGUCUCGCCACCACCGCUCAAGAGGAAAAAGUUGUCUGAAGCACCCACCGAGCAACCGUCAGAGGCUGAUGUUGUAUCGUCCGACAUAACUAUAUAUAGCUGGAACAUCAACGGCAUUGCUCCGUUUGUGCAGGAAGAAAUAACGAAUUUCUUUAUACCCAAGGUCGAGAACCAGGCACAGACGAGAUUAGCACCUGUAAACGAGAGCCUCAAAGAUGUCCUCCGACGAUAUCAAUGGCCUACCAUGCUACUGCUACAAGAAGUGAAGAUAAAAGCAACAGAUCUCUCCACACAGAGGGCUAUCCAGCGGUCCUUAAGGACAAGGCGAGCCGAUGCGGAGGGCGACGAACCUCCUUACAUCGCCCACUUUUGCCUUCCUUCAGACCCGCAUAACGCUCGUGGAUUUGGCCGGAGGGUCUAUGGCGUCUGCAGCAUCAUCCGCGAAGACUUCUUCGAGAAGGAGGUCGCGCGGGUGAGAAAAGUUGACUGGGACGCCGAAGGCCGCUUUUGCAUCUGCGAAACUAAGGGUUCUCCAGCAGUGCCUAGAUUGGCCAUCAUCAACGUUUAUGCCCUCAAUGGGACGGACAGUCCGUACAAGGAUUCGAGGACGGGAGAGAUCAUUGGAACCAGGCACGAUCGUAAGCUGGAAGUCCACAGAAAAUUGCAAGAGGAAUGUCGAAUGCUUGAGGAGCAAGGGUUCGCAGUGGUCCUAGCGGGUGAUAUGAAUGUUGCGAGAUCCGCUCUCGACGGACAUCCGAACCUACGCACCGUACCGCGGCAACACUGUCUCAACCGGGCGGAUUUUGAGGCCAAAUUUUUCGCAAAGGAAGGGCAUCCCUUAGGAAUGAUUGACACUUUCCGUACGCUGCAUCCGACACGCAAAGGCUAUACAUAUUAUCCUCGAGGUGUCGUUUUUGGGUCAAGCUGCGACAGAGUUGACAUGAUUCUCAUCUCAAAAUCCAUCGAGAACUGUCUGAAAGGCGCAGACAUCAAGGAAACGCGUCGUGAUCGAGGCACCAGUGAUCAUGUUCCACUUUCUGUCAUGUUGAGGUUCAAGGAGACGUUGAAAAAUUCGAACGAUUGA